GCCACCGCGACUCGCUUAAGUAGCCUAACACUGCCAGUGCAUCCCCGUCGUGCUGUCUCCACACCUCGCCAGAAGUCCCUCAUUAUGCUGAGCGAGAAAGCCCAAGGAAAGCAGCGAGCUGAUGUGCCCGAAUCCGGCCCAAGUCAAGAAACGCCGCCUCCCAAGGAUUUGGUCAUUCGGUUUACCGAAGGGCUUCCUGACUUAACACUGCGGGUCGUAGAGACCGAUGUUAUUCGGGAUAUCAAGCGGAAGAUUCGAGACGCUAGACCGCAACUGGAGAGGCGUCGUCUGAAGCUUAUUCUGUCUGGCCAGCUCCUCGCGGAAGCGACCCCGCUUUAUCCUCGUCUCACAUCCCUGGAACAGCGUCAGCGUCGCGCAGUAUCGGGGGAUGCUCCCAGCGAAGAGAAAGAGCAGGGCCCCAGUACCACAUGGUUACAUUGUUCCGUCGGCCCACCUCUGACGGAUGGCGAGGAAGAAGAGACCGAAGUACAGACGGCGCAGCUGAAGCCCCUGCGGGGAUUUGACAGGCUGGCUGCAGCCGGCUUUUCCGAACAGGAUGUUGCGAACAUUCGGCUGCAGUUUCAUGCCCAUUCUGCCGGCGACUACCUGGAUCAGGACUUCGAGAGCGAUGAGGACUUUGAGGAGCACGCGCGCGCUCUUGAAGAGCAAUGGAUUGACUCCUUCGAUAACGGCGGAGGAGCGUCACUGUCCUCCCCAUCUUCGCGCGCGUCUCACACGUUCCUAAACGGUAUCGUCGUGGGCUUUUUCUUCCCUCUCAUACCGCUGUUCUUCAUCCGUGCGCCCAAGCCUGCGGUAUUCUGGGAUGACGGUAGCGAGCACGAAGCGACCAGCAGUGCUAUUUUCUCGCGGCGUACGCAAAUCGGGAUCAUUGUUGGCUUUCUCUUGAAUGUAAUAUUUGGGAUGUGGACUUAUCUGCUGACCUCCCCUUGAAUACUUCCCUACGCUGUACAUGGCCUACCUUCGCCUCUGGCGCGAAAUGUAUUUCUAGGCUAGCUUCCAUCAUUUUAGCGAUACCCUGGACCACACCGUAAUACAUGACACCGUGUCUUUACGUCUAA